CGAUCUGUGGUCAUGAUUCUGCCAACCAUUCAUCUCCUCCUCCUCCUGUUGCUGGUGAUGGACAUGGCGGGCACUAUGCCCAGUGCUCGGGCACCUCCCCAGGGUUGCUACGUGGCAGAGGAAGCUGGUGAGCGUACAUUCCGUUGCAGUCAGGCUGGCCUGGUUGCUGUGCCUCUAGGCAUCCCAAAUGACACCCGUAAACUCUACCUAGAUGCCAAUCGGCUGGCAUCUGUGCCUGCUGGUGCCUUCCAGCAUCUUCCUGCCCUGGCUGAGCUAGACCUGUCACAUAAUGUCCUUGUCCGCCUCUCAGAUGCUGCCUUUCAGGGUCUGGGGAACACCCUGAGAUACCUGGAUCUCUCUGCCAACCAACUGACAUCUGUGCCUGCUGAGGCCUUUAGGGAAUUACAGAUCCAAGUGAACCUGUCUGCCAAUCCAUGGCGCUGUGACUGUGCCCUUCAGGAGGUACUGAGAUGGGUGAGGUUGGCUCCAGGUACUGGGGCUGGCAUUGUCUGUGGACCAAGUGCCCGGCCAGAGCUGGUGGGACGGGAGUUUCUGUCACUGAUAGAGGAGGCAGAAAUGUGUGGGACUGGGAGAGGUGGGGCCCGGCGAGGCACAGAUGCUGCCCUGCUUGUCACCAUGGGAGGCUGGCUGGCCCUGGUCGUGGCCUAUCUUGUUCACUACGUGUGGAGGAAUCGGGAAGAGGCCCGUCGUCCACCAAAACUACCUCCCACCCUGCCAGCCCGCUCUGAGGAUUCAUCUAUGCUCAGUACUGUCAUCUGA